AUGGCCGAUCAGGAAUACAACGCCGAAGAGGCAGCCGAGUUGAAGAAGAAGAGAGCCUUCCGCAAGUUCUCCUACCGCGGCAUCGACCUUGACGAACUCCUCGACCUCUCCUCCGAGCAACUCCGCGAUGUCGUCCACGCCCGCGCCCGCCGCCGGUUCAACCGUGGUCUCAAGCGCAAGCCCAUGGGCCUGAUCAAGAAGCUGCGCAAGGCCAAGCAGGAGGCCAAACCCAACGAGAAGCCCGACACCGUCAAGACGCACCUGCGUGACAUGAUCAUCGUGCCGGAGAUGAUCGGCAGCGUGGUGGGUGUGUACUCUGGCAAGGAGUUCAACCAGGUGGAGAUUAAGCCGGAGAUGGUGGGACACUAUCUUGCUGAGUUCUCUAUCUCUUACAAGCCUGUCAAGCACGGAAGGCCAGGUAUCGGUGCUACGCACUCUUCGCGUUUCAUCCCGCUCAAGUAG